AAUAACAUCAUAAUGACUAGUCCUGUCCCCAGUAAUAACAUCAUAAUGACUAGUCCUGUCCCCAGUAAUAACUCAUCAUUAUUAGUUAAAAUAUUGGUUUUUUAAAUGUUAAUGACAGUUUGAGAAUGACUUCUGUAAAUGUGUCUGAUGGAAAUGAUCUUUGUAUUUCAUGUUUAGUCUCCGUUCUCAAUCUCUCUCAGUCUGUCGGGGAAUCCUCCGUUCUACGACGAGACAGAAGAAGAGGACACAGACCUUCACAACCGGAUCAUCUUCUGUCGUAUCAUAGCCGGGGAGUUUGAGUUUGACGCUCCUUACUGGGACGACAUCUCUGUUCCAGCUAAGGAGUUGGUGUGUAGACUGAUGGAGGUGGACCAGAUGCUGAGAAUCACAGCUACAGAUGCUCUCGUACACAAGUGGAUUGCUGGUAACGGGGCCUCAGAGAAGAACCUGAAGGAGGGAGUGUGUGCCCAGUUUGAGAAGAACUUUGCUAAGGCCAAAUGGAGGAAAGCGAUCCGAGUCACCACCUUCAUGCAGCGUCUUCGUGCGUCUGAGACUGCUGCAGCUGAAGUGGAGGCAGGAGGACAGGGGGAAGGAAGGGGUGAGGACCAGGGAGGAGGAGGGCAGAGUGAGGGAGGAGGGGUGACACCAGAGGUGACGGUUGGAACUAAUCCGGAGCGUGAGGAGAGGAACGGGGGAGUCGGGGUGAGGAGGUGGGGAGAGGAGAGGGGAGGAGGGGGGAGAAACCCUUUGAGUCCCUCUGUAGGGAUCUCUCCUUCCACCAAUAAUGAACCGCUGUCCCAGCCUCCCAACCAAUCAAAUGCCAGCUCCAAACCUCUGGGGGACGAGACAAAGAAGCCAGCCGUGAAGAAGUCGUCAGGCAAAAUGGCCGCCGCAUUGGGUCAAACCAAAACAACAACAGAGCCCAAAACACCUCCUACCCCCAUCGUAACCCCUGACCUCACCAAGCCCCAGGACCCCGUCACUGUCUCUGACCACGACACAGCAGCACCAUCGUUGCCUAGCAAUGCCAAGAAGAAGCAACCAACCUAUGUCACUCCUGAGACUCCAACGACUCAACGACACAAGAUGGACGCCCAACUCCCCAACAUGGGCCCAGGCCCUGCUGCUGCUACUACUACUACUGCUGCAGCCAUAGCCCCACCUGCUGACGGGAGGCCGGCAGUGCAGGCUCCAGUAGAGGAGAAGAAGCUGGGUGACAGUAGCUGGUGUCAGACCCAGCUCCCUGAGGCUGUAGCUGAGAGGCCUGCUGGAGUUGGGGGAGUAGGGGGAGGAACUGGGAUUGAGAUGGGAGGGGGAGGGGCAUCUGGAGCAGGGUCAGGGGUACUUGGAACAGGAUCAACAGUGAGAACUGGGAUGGGCCCAAGAGGUGACGCGAGCCCCAUUGGUAGAGACCAGAGAGCAGACAGGCACAGUGUAGAGUCCAGGGGGGAACCCGAACCGUCCGAGGGGGGCUACAGUUAUACCAUAGGGGCCCUGGGAAGCUCCCGUUGUCUAGGCCGACACACCACCCUAUACGGCCAGGAGGUAGAGCUGGGUGGGUACGGGGGUUCCUACUGCUCCUCUCUGUACGGCAGCGGGGGUGGAGGGAGGAUGUAUGGGGGCCUGGAACACGGGGGUGUUGGGGUCAGAGGUCAUGGUAGUAGCACUGCUGAUUGGCAGAUGGACAGCGUGAUCGAACAGAUCGAGAAGCAAAUGGCGGCGGUGCUGGAGAAGAUCGAGGGGGACAUGCCCUCACUCCUGGAACAGAUCAGUGACUGCCCCCCGCCACCCGAACCCUCCCGCAGCACACACACCUCCCCCUCCUCACGCUCCCGCUCCUCCCAACACCAACCAUCUCACUCCUUCACCUCCUCCCUCACCUCCACUGCUACACCCCCACCCCUCCCCACAUCUCCCAGACCACCUCUUCCCUCCCUCCCCCACCUCACCAUCCCCCCUCCAUCCUACCCGCCUCCUUCCCUGCCCACCCGGUCCCCUGGUGAGCCAGUCGGCGAGCACAAGGAGAGAGACGGACAGAGGGGAGCAGUCCAUUCCAGCCAAUCCCCAUCCAUGAGGCCAGGGAAGGGCCUAUGAGGGACUAAAGUGGGCACCUGAUUGCAUUUCACUUCAUUGCAUUGGUUUGGAAGGAGAAAACAGUCCUGCCCGACUCAUUUGGAGGUUGAAGGAUAUCCCGCCCUGUCACUCUGUAGAUGUAAACAACUUGUUGUGAACCACCCGGCCACAAGGUUAAUCACCAGGGUAUCAUUCAGGAGCGUGUAACGUCACAAUGUUAGAGAGAAAUAGAUGCACCCAUGUUAUUUUUUAUCGUGCAGAUUUGUCAGGACAUAGUAACUUAUGAAGCUCAUUCUAAAAUACAUGUAUAUGUAUAUAUAUAUCACAUAGAUGUGAUUUCUGUCCCAGGGGAUUUGUACUGUGUUCAAGUCUUCAAUUUAGACCACAAUUAGUUGAGUUAGGUGUUAGUCAAGAGCUGGUACAAAAACCUGUGAAACUCCUGUCCCGUCAAAAAAAAAA